GGAGUGUCUACGUUAAAACCUAACCCCCGUGGGUCGCGAGAGGAUGGCUGGCACCAGCUCAGGCUCUCAGUGUCCCGUUUCCCGUAACUUCUCUUUCACCCGGGCAAAAUACCCGGGAAACGAGGCGGCCGGAUUCGAGCCAAUCAUAAAACUAGCUCCAGUCUAUACUCUUUCUUUCUUCGACCUCCAUUAUGGUAUCGCGCGGGAACAACUAAAUAAAGUCAAGACCAAUUCGAUGUCCUCUUGCAUUUCUUGACCGUGUUAUCUCGUUUAAGAUUGGCAAAAUGGCCACCGAUGUUUUGGAAUACAAUGAUAUUCACCUUCUUGUGAGGGGAGCUUUGCAUGAUGGUCGCUUGAAGUUACACAAAGGUGGGGUGAUAUUUAAAGCUAACAAAACAGGAAAGCUUGACCAAGCUGCAGUUGCCGACAUAGAAUCAACUCAAUGGAUGAGAGUAGCAAGAGGCUUUGAAUUGAAUGUUGCUUUGACAAAUGGAUCACAGUUCAAGUUUGAAGGCUUUAAAGAGGGUGACUACGACCAACUUGCUGCAUUUUUAAAGAAACAUUUCCAAAUGAAUUUGGAAGAGAUUGAACUCUCAGUCAAGGGCUGGAACUGGGGUGUUGCUAAAUUCAAAGGUUCAUCCCUCUCUUUUGAAGUCGAUGAGAAGCCAGCAUUUAUAGUCCCUCUUAAGGAUGUAUCCCAAGCAACCACAGGCAAAAAUGAAGUUACUCUGGAGUUUCACCAACAUGAUGAUGCACAAAUCUGUUUGAUGGAGAUGAGAUUUUAUAUCCCAGCUACAUCAGAUAAUGCAGCAGAGGAUCCAGUCAAAAAUUUUCAUGAGCAGGUUCUGGAGAAAGCAGACAUUAUUCAAGCAACAGGAGAUGCUAUCGUUACAAUACCAGACGUGGCAUGUCUCACUCCAAGGGGUCGAUACUCCAUGAAAGUGUUCCCUUCAUUUCUCCAACUUCAUGGCAAAACAUACGACUACAAGAUUCCCUACACAUCAGUGUUAAGGCUUUUCCUUCUUCCACACAAAGACCAAAGGUUUAUGUUUUUUGUGGUUAGUAUGGAUCCACCCAUCAAGCAAGGACAGACAAGAUACCCAUUCUUAAUCAUACAGUUUGGAAAGGAUGACGAGUUUGAUGUGAAACUUAAUUUGUCAGAGGAGGAAUUAAAGGAAAAAUAUGAAGGAAAAAUAACGCAGGAGAUGGAUGGUCCAAUAUAUGAGAUUGUAAGCAGACUUAUGAAGGCUGUGGUUGGAAGAAGAAUCACCGUCCCUGGGACAUUCAAAAGUCAUAAUGGGCUUAGCUGUAUAACGUGUUCAUACAAAGCUGGAAGCGGAAUGCUGUACCCACUGGAAAGAGGCUUCAUCUUUGUGCAUAAGCCCCCCGUACAUGUACGCUUUGACGAGAUAUCCUCCGUGAAUUUUGCCCGUGUAGCAGGGGGAGGCGGGUCCAGUCGAUCUUUUGACUUUGAGGUGGAAACCAAGUCAGGGACCACCUAUGUGUUCAGUAGCAUUGAAAAGGAGGAGUAUGGUAGACUUUUUGACUUUGUUAAUGGAAAACACCUGAGAAUAAAGAACACAGGCAAGUCGAAGGUGUCAUCUAAAACUUACGAAGAUGAGUUGAUGCCCGGGUCAGACGAAGACUCUCACGAUGCUUAUUUGGAGCAGAUGAAGGCAGAAGGUGCCGAGAGAGACGAAGAUUCUGAGUCAAGCGAAGAUUCUGAUGAGUCUUUUAAUCCAGAAAGCGGCGCUGAAGAUCAGAAUUUAAAAGAAGAAUUCGAGAGCGACCCAUCUUCCUCAGCAAGCGAGGGAGAUUCUGACGCAGGAGAGAAACUCAAGCAUAAAGAAAAAGAGAAGAAAAAGAAAUCGCCAGAAAAGAAAAGGAAAGCUGAAUCAAGCAAAAAGAAAUCUAAAGGCAAGCCGCGGAAAAAGAAGGCUAAGAAAGACGCUGAUGCCCCCAAGCGGGCAAUGUCUGCUUAUAUGCUGUGGCUGGGUGAAGUCCGAGAGCAAAUCAAACAGGAAAAUCCGGGAAUCUCUGUCACUGAACUAUCCAAGGUGGCGGGAGAGAAAUGGAAACAAAUUGAAGAUAAAUCUGAAUGGCAAGAAAAGGCGAAAGAAGCGAAAGCGAAAUACGAAGUAGCGAUGAAAGCCUACAAAGAAAAGAAAGCUAAUGAGCCAGUUGAGGACAGUCCUGAAGCCAAAUCCACCAAGAAAGGUUCGGUGAAGGAGUUCUUUGGUAAAAAGGGAGACAAGAAGAAAAGCUCUCCUCGCAAAUCAGGCGGCGGUGAGUCACAGAAAUUCAAGAGCGCAGAAUUUGUCGACACAGACGACAGCUCCUCGGAGGACGAAGGAAAGAAAGAAAAACCCAAAUCCAAACCAAAAGGAAAACCAGGGAAGACCAAGAAAAAAGCCAAGAACGCGUCAGACGACGAGUCUGAGGAGGAAGAGGAGGAAUCUGAAGAGGAAGACGCUGACAUCAGCGAAGGCUCAGAUUCGGACUGAAACUGAUAACUGAAAGAGACUGGAUUCGAGAACUACUUUUAACAGUCUACAGUGCAGAGGUGCUCUGUUGCGCAAAACAGCAUGCAAGCGAGGCAUUAAGGUCUCACAUGUCUCAAAUGCCUCGUUUACAUGUCUGUUUAUAAGGGCUAUCAAAGCUUAUUUCUCUGUGACCUUGCGGGACAACUAGGCAGUGCAAAUGACCACCUUUGUUCCCGGCUGUAUAAAGUCCAACUACGAGAGUAAACUAAUUGUAAAAUUAAAAGAAAGCAUCCCUGUUUCAAA